UUAAUAGGCUGCUGAGAACUUUGUGUUUGAUUAGAUUACUUCAUAUUUAACAAGUUAGAAGUAGUUAUGCUUCUUUGAAAUUAUUCUCAUUUAAUACUAUUUCAAUAACUUGGAUUGUUCAAAACUUAUACUUUCGACAAGAUAGUUUAUCAAGUCUCUGAGUGGCGGAUUACAGAUUGCGCCGAGAAUGAUUUGUUUUCCUUUGCAAGAAUUUAUAAUUACCAAUUGUUCCGGAUUCUCUGCAGCGAAAGAGAAACUACCAGGACGCUAAUUUAGCGAGUGGUGCAGAAGAGUUGAAGCGGUCUUCCCCCGCCCUGGUUUUAAUGGGAAUGUGAAGUCCCAUCGUUAUCAGUCAGAAUGGAUAUUGUCUACGAGCAUUAACAGCGUGAAGUCUGCAGGACUACGGGACACACCAUCUCCUUGUUGACGGUGAAUCAAAUGACAGAAAUGGGGUUAUGUUUGAACUUUUUUUAUUUGAUCGUGUACCUGAACAUGCACUAUGUAGAACCAUUUGUAAAGCUGGAUUGUGUGGAGUCAGUAAUAGGAAUAUUUAACGAGGACACCAAUCUACCAUGCAGUAUGGAAGCAGCAGGGAUGAAAACACUCACUCUAACAAAACUACAUGAAAGUGGAUCGAAUGAUAAAAUCGUAUAUAAAUUUAACUCAAAUGAAAAUGACACUGGAGUUCAGGGUCGAAUUAAAUUACAUCAUCAAGAUUCACAGAAUGUGUCCCUGAUAAUCCAGAAAAUACAAGCAUCUGAUAAUGGAACAUAUCAAUUCACCGUGGAAACAGAUCAUGGACAUGCCUCGAAAUCCAUCGAUUUGAUAGUUAGAGCUCCAUAUACUGGGCCACAUAUCAGCAAAAAAGAAGAAAAUGGCAAAACAUUUCUUGUGUGCACAACAGUUGGAUAUCCACUGGCACAACUUUAUUGGAAGACUACAAAUGAAACCAUCUCACCUAAUAGUGUUGACAUUGCGCGAUCAGGUGAAUUGUACAACAUCACCAGCUGCAUUACAGCAGUUGAUGAUUGGUGCUCUAUAAACUAUACUUGUUCUGUUUGCAUUGGAAAUGAUUGCAAAUCUAAAGAAUUGGAUUGUUUCAAAUUUGAAGAAAUUUCUCAGCAACCAUUGGAUGAUGUUAGAACACGAGUUGGUGUUAUUCUCUCCUUUGUGUUCUUCAUACUGCUGUGCACAGCAGCUUUUUACUGCAGGAAGAAAUUUUCUAAAGCACACUUCUGGAAACAAUCUACAGCAACGCUGGUAAAUUUUGUAGAUGAUAAAGAAAAUUGAAUAUGUGUAUCAAGUUAAUUCUCAAAAAAAGAGCCAGAUUCUGUCAUUAAUCUACCUUUGUCAACAUAAUUCUUCAUGUAAAUUAGCAAAAUCACUAUUGUCAAUAUAUUUUCACCAGAUUCCUGUGUUUAUAGCUCAUAGUUUAAUCAGCUAUUCAUGCUGUUCUUUGUGCAUCCAAAUAAAUGAACUGAAAUCUGAACUGAAAGAUACCAACAGAAAAAUUUAAGAGAAUUUUCCAAGACACAGACAGGAUGAAAUCUGAAUUUCUGAAGAUUACGAUCAAGGCACAGAACAGCUGAAGUCAAUAAGAAAAAUAAAUCCUUUCCGUUUGAUUACUUAAUUUCAUGGAAAUGUAAUAAAUCUUUAAUAAUUAACUUUUAAAAUAAAAAAGACACUCAAA